AUGAAGACGACUGGUGAAAUGGGGGACACAAGCCCUGGUAGCGACGAUGAGAAGUCUCAUACAUUUCGAAGGCGUCGAUUGAGCCUCUCGAAACAUCAUUUAGCUCCCGAGGGAGCAAGCGCCAUGGCGUCAGCCGCUGCCGUGGCGGCAGCAGUGGACGAUGACGAAGAAUCACAAGAGCCUCCUCUUCCAGAGGUGACGACGAAUGACAAGGAGAUCAAGGAUGUGUCUAGUGAGAGGAAUGCCAAUGAGGACGACCAAAAAGCACAGACGUUCCGCAAGCGUCGUCUCUCGUUGACUCUCAAGGCUCCUGCUGCUUUGUUACUGGAAGAAGAAAACAAUGGAGAAGGAACCGACAAGACUGAUGAUCCUCCAAAACGACAACGAAGAGCUUCAGACGCGUCGGCUGCUUCUUUGGGAUCUUCGCACACAGGAGGGAACAACUACAAUCAGGAUGGACUCAAAGUGCGAACGCUGCAUGCAGGAGAAAUUCUACAGCAUCACCACAACAGAGCUCCUCCAUCACCUGCCGUCGAUCCCACCUUGUCCACCACUGUGGGACAUACAGCUACCAGCACUGGCAGUAGUACUACCGGUACUAUGGACCACAAAAAUGAACCACAUGUGCUCUAUCGACUCUCAAGGCCGCCUUCAUCCACCACACUCCUCAACUUUCAUCAAGAGCGGGAACCCACUGAUGAUCCUGCCGUAGAAUCCCAAAACUCGGCCGCAUCGCCUCAGCCCAAAUGGAAAAAAAGAAUCACACGAAAGCAUGAUGAAGACGAACGAAAAUUACCAUUUCCAAGGGAUGUCGUGGGCACAUAUUCUUGUCAUGGCGUGGAACCCGUAUAUGACAGUGACUAUGAACACAAUCUAGGGGACGAAGAUGAGGAAGAAGUGGAGGACGAUUUACUCCUUCGAGCACAUGACAACUGGGCUGCCGAUGAUGCAGAUCAAGACCCCAUGGCACCCAAUCGAACAUUCCCCACGCCCAAUACUGGAAAACCCAAUUUGGAAGCAUCGCCGCCCCCGCCACGACGGGAACCCAAACCAACUACCGCUGCAAAGAUCAAUCAGGAUCGAGGUGGGGUGGCAUUUCCGUAUGGAAAUUGCCCCAAAACGGCGCUCUUUGCUGCCUACGAUGGUCAUGGUCAAGGCGGAGAAUUGGUUUCACAAUUUGCACUGCACGAGAUACAGUCGCGCUUGGAGAAACGACCAGAGUUCAAUAACAACCUGGAAAAGGCAUUCAAAGACACGUUUCUUGCCGUAGAUGAGGCACUCCAGCAUGAACCACUCAUUGAACCACUCUAUGCCGGCACCACCGCGUGUGUGGCUCUUUUGAGGGACAAUGUACUGACGGUUGCCAAUGCGGGAGACUCCAGGGCUGUCGUCGCUCGAAAAAUGGACAACACCAACACAACUGUUACGUAUGGCAAGGUACCAGCCUAUCGUGCCAUUGACUUGACUAUUGAUCAAAACCCGGAUCUGCCGGAAGAACGGAAUCGAAUCGAAAGCAUGGGAGGAUUUGUGUCGCCUCCUCCGGAACCUGGUCUGUCCGCUAGAGUUUGGUUGGACGAAGGAUUCUCGCAAAUUGGAUUGGCCAUGGCACGGUCCAUUGGGGACCAUGCUGUGGCGCGAGUAGGAGUCAUUGCUGAGCCAGUGGUGUCGACUCAUACAGUCCAUCCAGACGAUGAAUUCCUCAUCAUUGCCACAGACGGGGUCUGGGAAUUCAUCAGCUCUGAAUCGGCUGUUGAAAUUGUAGGGGCCAAUCUGUCACGGGGAGCCACCAAGGCUACGCAGGCUCUGAUUGAAGCUGCUGCAGCAAGGUGGCAUGAUGAAGAGGGGGAUUAUCGAGAUGAUAUCACAGCAUUGGUUGUCAGGCUGCCAGAAUUGUGGAGAAAGGAACCAAAUGCUAGUAAGGAACUGCUCGCAACUGCUGCAGUUUCGGACAAGGAAGCAGCAGCCCAGAAGCAGGAGGAAACAGAAGCAGCGGCAAAUCCCUCGAAUGAUGCAUCGUCGUAA